AAAUCCCCAAAGAAAGCCCAAUACGGCAAAAUUGAAAAUGUUGCAGGCUUGGUUUAAUUGAGCAUGCUCAUGGACGGUGCUGUCAAGUGAAAAAUACCGUCCACGCCCCCUAGCACUGGCUUAAGCGGAAUUCAACAUUUAACAUGAACUGGUACGAUACGAAAACAUUCGCAGAUGUGUUCAUAUGGCGGUUAUCAUGGAACCUUCAAUGUGACACGUAAGUGCUAUUCCAUGAAAUGCGGCAUAUGGUCCCCAAGUAAAAAAAAAGCGAUCCUAACUUGCUAUGGAAAUAUCUUACUUUAUAAGGCAAAAGUAAGAUGAAUUUUUUAUGGAUAGUUUAUUACUCUAAAUGUUUAUAAAUCUCUAUUAUAAAUUUCAUAUUUGUGUGAUUCUCUGAACAGACUUUUAAUGGCAAAUAAAAAUAAGUGCUUCUUGCUCCUAGACUAUUCUCAGUCCAUGUUUGUAAACAAGAGUCAAUUCUCCUUAGUUGCAGUCUUAAUUUGGAGCUAUUAUUUACCUUAUAAUUAAUCAUAAUGAUAAUAAUAAUAAUAACAAUAAAAUAAGCUAGAUAAUAAAACAACUAUUCAACUUUAUGUAAAAUAAACUUCCAUGUUCUUUGGUUUCUUUUAUGUUUCUUAAGUUACUUAGAUUACAGGUAACAAAUUCAGGAGGUUUUUUUUUAAAGAUUUUAUCAAAAGUUUCAUGAUUUAUUAAAAAAUUUGAUAUUUUCCUUUUUUUCCAAAUCACUAACAUCCAGUAUCUCAAUCUUAUAGGGAAGAUAUUUAAACAGGGAUUAAAAAGGAGAGAAAAAAAUCUUUCUUUGAACAUUAAAUAAAUCUGACUGUAAAUUACCAUACAGUAGAUUUCACAGAGAAAUAAUGAAAAGCAGUCUUGCUGUUUAAAGUCUUCAGUGAAUUAUUUCGAUAUUAAUGCUUGUGUGAACAUAAUGUUUAGUCCAACAGACCAUACAAGAAGUGUGUCACUACAACUCUCUAAGGUCCUUGAUGACAUUGGUGUAAAUUAUGACAUGGUCAGAAAAAGAAGGCAAACAGUAAUGGCAGAAGAAUCUCUCCGGACAGUGAUGAGGAACUUACAAGAUAGGAAAUUAACCACAUAUAAUUUUGGGAGCCGCACUGAAGGAACGACUACAGCAGGUCUUCAUGCAGACUCUGACACCCUGGCAUGUAACAACCAGUUCAACAUUAUACAAGACCUUUCAGAAUGGCGUCAUGGAUAUACAAAUUUGUUGAUGGUACGUGAUGCUAACACACCACCAGGAUACUGUCUCCUACAAAGAACAUAUGACAAUUUUCCACAUCCGGUUGAUUAUCCCCCUAGCGAAGACUUCUAUGUUGACAGUAGAAGUAGAGUGCUGAUGAAGAAUGAUUGGUUUGUAAAAACAUUACCCCAUGGUAGUGUAAGACGUGGUCCAUCACAGUCCAUACAAGGUUUACCUGGAUUUGCUGAUGAUGACCUUGUGCAUGCGUUUUACUGUAAAUCAUGGCCAAGGGAGGCCAGAAUAUUGACAGAAACAGCAAGUGCAGGAAAUUGGCCUUCUGAAGAAUUAAAGAGGCAAGCUAUGAAUGAUGGAUGUUUUGUUGUACCUGUUGGUUGCCGUGGUACUGAAAAUGAGGAACUUCAAUGGAGAAUAUCAACAUCAUUAACAGAACGCAGACUUAUGUUCAGCUUAAACAUAGUUCAAAUCAGGUGUUAUGUUUUGAUGAAAAUGAUUCUAAAAUCUUACCAAAUCCUUGAUUCUCAAGAUGCCUUAUCAAGUUUCAUCUGUAAAACAGUCCUCCUUCAUUGCAUUGAAAAGGGAGAAGAAAAUCUAUGGCAAGAUGAUAAUUUAAUAAACUGUUUGAAUACUUGCUUGAAAUUUCUACAUGACUGCGUUUUGUUAGAACACUGUCCACACUUUCUUAUACCAGAGAACAAUUUGAUGGCAAGACGCAUUUCACCAGACAUCAAACCACAAAUUCUAGCAAUAAUCCAAAAUAUUUUACGUAGUGACGGUAAAGCUCUUGAAGAUAUCGAAAUUGACCAUCUUGGUAUGAGAAUCACUGGACGCAUUGUACAUAUACAUUGUAAAUUACUAUCACCUUUAAAAUACAAACCAGAUAUAUCUGGACAUUUAUUGUAUACUUUCAUGAGCCGCCUCAGUUAUGGUAUUUGUGGCUAUCUGACUGAACUGACACACUUGCAGACAGAAAACGUUGUCCAAAAGUUGUCUGUAUCUAUAAAUAAGCUUACAACCUUUCACAAUGAAGGUACGGAAUAUGAACAAAAAGCAUGUGAACUUAUUUCCAACUUCUUAUAUAUGUCUCUGGGAUCAGUCCUGGCUUCCAACAGUAUUUCUAAGAAUGAAACAAUUCAACGAAAUUCACUUGUAAUGUUAGAACAAGGAUCAGCUAAUGACAUCUCAUCAACAUUAAAAUGGGCAUCAGUGUUCUAUUGCAAAGGAGACAUGCCUCAGACUAUUAGUAUACUUGAUACAAUACUAGAACAAUAUAGCAUUGAAAGUUUGCAAUCGGUUUGUUGUUGCUACCAGAGUCGAGAUAAAGGAGAGCGUAAACAUGAAUUUGAAGAAGUCUGUGUUGAAGGUGAUAUAAAACAUGUAUUAAAGCACACAGCUUUUUGUGUAAGGUUCUUACCAUGUGAAGUGAACUGUGUCCCAGAGGAGUUAAAACAUGAAUAUUUCCGCCCAAACAUGGAUGCUCUUCAUAAGGACUACUGGAUGGACUGGGCUGUGGUAGACUCAAUUCCUUACUAUUAUUUCUUAUUGUACAAAGUCCAGAAAAUUCAAGGUAACAUGGAGAGACAGCAGGCAGCUUUUGACAAACUUAGACGAGCAAUAGACUCUGACUCUAAUCUCGGACACAAGGAAACUGACUUAAAUUUACUUGCACAAUGCAUGGAGCAGGAAGGCAUGUUAGAUGAUGCCAGAGAUUGUUACACUGCUUCAACAGAUCUUCGUCCAGUACAUAAUGCCGCUAAUUCUCUUAUCAGUCAAAUCUUUUAUAGACGAUAUUCAAAUAACAGAUAAAAACAAGAAGCGCCGCAAUGCGACGAAAACCAGGUUUUCAACGGCCAAGUUUUUAUGUGACAGCAAUCAAUAGGUCAAAGUGCACUGAAGUUAUUGGGUAGAAGCUGAAAAUUCUAUUGUAAGCAAAUGACCUUGAACUUGCUCCCAGAUAUCUAAG